UUCGAUAUCAUUAUCAUCAUCAUUUCCAAUCUCCAUCGUCUCAGAGCGUUAGGGUUUUCGAGGGGUUUUGAAUUCGCCAACAGCAACAUCAACAAUAAUGGCUUCUUCCCUCAUGGCGAUUCGCCUCGUAGGGAUCCCGGAAACGACAUGGAUUGGUUCUCGCAUCAAGGUACGGCCUUCAUUUCUUCUCCGAUCCUCGUAUUCCACUUUCGGUCUCUGUCCGAGUACCAGAGCCUUAUCGCUGAACACAACCUCUGUCAAAAGCAUGAGCACUUCCGCAGUCCCGAACCAUCCUUACCAGACAACUCAGUCGAUGGCUCCUUCUCCGCCGCCGCCGCCGCAGCAGCAGCAGCAGCCGCGACUGGAUUCUCGGGGUAUGCAGACUCGGAGCAACCCCUAUGCCGGUUCUAAUCAGUGGGUGCCACAGAAACAGAGCCACAACCCUAAUCAGUUCAAUCAUCAGAAUCAGGGACAAGGCUAUGCGAAUCGUGGAUUUCCUAACCAGGUGCAGCAAAACCCUAGUCAGUGGAAUGCUCCGCAGAACUCUCAGACUCAGAAUUAUGCGCCGCAUCCUGGAAGCACAAAUCAAUGGAACAAUCAGAAUCGUGGGCAAAACUCGAAUCAAUGGCAAGGGCGGGGUGAAACCCCUAGCCGGAGCAACAUGAACCAAGGUCAUGCGGUGACCUCUGCUUACGGAGUGGCUCAGCCUUCUCAUCCUCCUCCUGUGGAUGAGAUAUUGCGUCUAUGCCGGGAGAGGAAGUACAAAGACGCUAUUGAUUUGCUUGAUAAGGGAGCGAUGCCUGAUGGAGAAUGCUUUGGUAUCCUGUUCGAGUCUUGUGGGAAUCUGAAGUCCCUUGAACACGCGAAGAAAGUGCAUGAUUACUUCCUGCAAUCUAAGUUUAGAGGUGAUAUUAAGUUGAACAACAAAGUGAUCCAAAUGUACGGGAACUGUGGGAGCAUGACUGAUGCCAGGAGGGUUUUCGAUCACAUUCCAGAUAGGAAUAUGGAUUCAUGGCAUCUGAUGAUGCGUGCUUAUGCUGAUAAUGGAAUGGGCGAUGAUGGUUUGCAUUUGUUUGAGGAGAUGAAAAAAUUGGGUUUGAAGCCAAAUGAGGAGACAUUCCUUUUGAUUUUCUUGGCCUGUGCUACUGUAGAUGCGAUAGAAGAAGCUUUUCUACACUUUGAAUCUAUGAAGAGUGAACAUGGAAUUAAUCCCGGGGCAGAACAUUAUUUGGGGCUUUUGGAUGUUCUUGGAAAAUGUGGACAGCUUAUCGAAGCGGAAAAGUACAUCCGGACUCUGCCAUUUGAACCCACAGCUGUUUUCUGGGAAGCUCUGAGGAAUUAUGCUCGGAUUCAUGGAGAUAUCGAUUUAGAGGACUAUGCGGAGGAGUUGAUGGUCGAUCUUGACCCAUCUAAGGCUGAAACCAACAAAAUUCCUACUCCUCCACCAAAGAACCGAAAGGCUGUAAGCAUGCUUGAGGGUAAGAGUCGGAUCCUCGAGUUUCGUAAUCUGACCCUUUACAAGGAUGAAGAGAGAGCAAGAGCAGCAAAGAAAGAUAUGGUUUAUGUGCCUGACACUCGAUAUGUUCUACAUGACAUCGAUCAAGAGGCCAAGGAACAGGCACUGCUCUAUCAUAGCGAGAGACUAGCAAUAGCUUAUGGUCUGAUCAGCACUCCAGCCCGACAAACUCUUAGGAUCAUCAAGAACCUCCGUGUCUGUGGGGAUUGUCAUAACGCCAUCAAGAUCAUGUCCAGGAUCAUUGGUAGGGAGCUAAUUGUUAGGGACAACAAACGGUUCCAUCACUUCAGAGAUGGGAAAUGCUCUUGCGGUGACUACUGGUAGAGUUGCUCGUUCACUCCCGUGGUAUUUGUUGCUCUGUUUGCUUCAGAGUUUGACAUGUAUAGUGCUGUUCUACCUAUGCCAUCUUUGGUAGUUUUCAACUUAUGAGCGUAUGAACGUAUGCCUUUGGUACUGUUAUUGCUAUUUUGUAGUUUUCAUCUCUUUGUGAGCAUGUUUCAUCAGUCAUAUUCUUGGUACUUGAUAAGCUUUUCUCCU